AUGGAUUUGGAAUUACUUUUAAAUUUUUCUAAAAAUUUUGCUAAAUAUUUAGAAAAACCAGAUGAAUAUAAUGUUAUAGUACGAAUUGGCGAGGGUCCAAAUAUAAAGAUUUUUAAAGCUCAUUCAUUCGUUUUAAAAGCUCAAUGUCCUUAUUUUAAAGCCGGCUUAUCGAGCGAGUGGGUUAAAAAAGAAGGUGACAAGAUCGUAUUCGAAAAGCAGAAUAUAUCUGCUGAUGUUUUUGAAAUUAUAUUAAA